GCCCGGUCCUGGCACCUUCUCCUCCCGUCGCCUGGUUCUCACCUCGCCAUGGUUCGUCUGCCUGUGCAGUGUCUCCUCUGGGGCUGCUUUUUGACCGCCGUCCGCCCAGAACCACCCACUUCAUGCAGAGAAGACCAAUACCUAACAAACAGUCGGUGCUGUAAUUUGUGCCCACCAGGACAGAAACUGGUGAGCGACUGCACGGAGGUCACCGACACAGAAUGCCUUCCCUGCAGUAAAGGCGAAUUCCUAGCCACCUCCAACAGAGAGAAAUACUGUCACCAGCACAGAUACUGCAACCCCAACCUAGGGCUCCAGAUCCAGAGGGAGGGCACCUCAAAAACAGACACCAUUUGCACAUGUGAUGAAGGCCAACACUGUACCAGUCACACCUGCGAAAGUUGUACCCCGCACAGCUUGUGUCUCCCUGGCUUCGGGGUCAAGCAGAUCGCUACAGGGGUUUCUGAUACCAUCUGUGAACCCUGCUCGGUCGGCUUCUUCUCCAAUGUGUCAUCUGCUUUUGAAAAGUGUCACCCUUGGACAAGCUGCGAGAGCAAAGGCCUGGUGGAACAACAUGCAGGGACUAACAAGACAGAUGUUGUCUGUGGUGAGUCAUGGAGAACGGGCCCCGGCAGCAGGCUAGGAAGGCCCCUCAAACUCAACAUGUUCCAAGCCAAACUGACUUUCCGUGAUCCCUGA